AUGGCACGCCUUGCUUUGAAACAAUUGUUGCAGGAGAAUCCCAGGAAAGUUUUGGUUCUUGACGGCGGGCAGGGUACUGAACUUGAAAGAAGGGGUAUCAACGUUGCCAACCCUGUUUGGUCGACCAUUCCUUUCAUUGAUGACGCAUUUUGGUCCGAGUCAUCUGCUGAGAGGAAGAUCGUCGAAGAGAUGUACCGUGAUUUUAUGAAGGCUGGUGCUGAAAUCUUGAUGACUGUCACAUACCAAGCCAGCUUCAAAUCCGUGUCCGAGAACACACCGAUCACGACGUUGUCGGAAUAUAACAGCUUGCUGACUAGGAUCGUCGAUUUCGCCCGUGGAUGCGUUGGCGAAGAUAAGUAUCUGAUCGGAAGUAUUGGAUCCUGGGGCGCUCAUGUUUGCUGUGAAUUCACUGGUGAUUAUGGCCCGAACCCUGAGACAAUCGACUACUACGAAUAUUUCAAACCGCAACUUGAGAACUUCAACAAAAGCCCACAAAUAGACGUGAUCGCAUUCGAAACUAUCCCAAACAUCCACGAGAUAAAGGCCAUCCUCUCGUGGGACGAGACCAUUCUUUCCAAGCCUUUCUACAUCGGCCUCUCUGUUGAUGAUAACGGCCUCUUGAGAGAUGGCACUACCAUGGCCGAGAUUGCAGAGUUUAUCAAGAGUGUCGGCGACAAAAUAAACCCCAAUUUUACGCUCCUAGGUAUCAAUUGUGUCAGUUUCAACACUUCGUCGGACAUCCUCGCAUCAAUACAUAAGGUAUUGCCAGAUAUGCCGCUAUUAGUGUAUCCAAACAGUGGUGAGGUUUACGACGCAGAGAGGAAGGUCUGGCAUCCCAACGGCGAUAAGUCGAAUACUUGGGAUCUUGUCGUCAAGAGGUAUAUUGAAGCCGGUGCCCGCGUCAUCGGGGGCUGCUGCAGAACAACGCCUGAAGAUAUUACAGAGGUGUCAGAGGCCGUCAAGAAAUACUCAGAAUAG